GAUCACCAAACCUUUAUAAAAACACAAAAUUUUUAGGAAAUUUACUCGUUCAUGGCCAACUCUUUUUCUUUCUCCAUGGCUACUUGUCGAAAAAACUUGCUAUCCACAAUCAUGAUCAUGCUAGGGCUGCUCAUAACCAUCUCUCGUCACUCCACAGUUGCCGAGGUAGGUGUGUGUUAUGGGCGUCUAGGAUCAAAUCUGCCUUGCCCAGAAGCAGUGGUGGCUCUAUACAAACAGAACAACAUCACAAAAAUGCGGCUCUACGACCCCGACCCGCCGACGCUCCGAGCCCUUGGCGGCUCCGGCAUCGAGCUCUUGGUCGGAAUCCCGGAAGCCGAUCUCCCCGACCUCGCCCAAUGCCAGUGCCACGCGAACGACUGGGUCCACGCCAAAAUAGCCAGCUAUCCCAACGUCAAAUUCCGGUACAUCGCCGUCGGGAAUGAGGUCAACACUUCGUCCAUGUACGCCCCCUUGGUCUUCCCGGCGAUGCAGCACAUCUACAACGCCCUCUGCGAAGCCGGCCUUGAAAGCCACAUCGCUGUCUCCACCUCGAUCAAAACGGAUCUCCUCGAGAAAUCGUCGCCUCCGAGCGACGGCGUGUUCAAAUCGAGCGUUUCUUGGUACAUCAAGCCCAUCGUCGAAUUUCUGAGAGACACAAAUGCUCCUCUGCUUGCGAACGUGUAUCCUUACUUCGCGUAUAUGAACGAUAUGGAGAAUAUUAAUCUCUCCUUCGCGCUUCUGCAGCCUAACAGCGGGGUCGUGCUCGGCUGCGUCUAUUACGACAAUCUGUUCUAUGCGAUCGUUGAUGCUGUGUACUCGGCGAUGGAGAAGAUCCUUGCUCCGUCGUCGUCAGGGUCAUCAACAACAGCAGCAUCAGCAGCAACGAAACCAACACCAAAAUUGACGGUGUCGGAGAGUGGGCACUCGACGCCGCCGAAACCACCCCCGAAACCACAAAGAGUUGGCGAUGGAGAUAUCAACACAGUUGAAAAUGCGAGAAUCUACAACAACAAUUUGAUGCGCAUUGUUAAGAAAGGGACCCCCAAAAGGCCCGGCGCCCCGAUAGAGACAUACAUAUUUGCUAUGUUUGAUGAGGAUCUGAAGCCUGGGCCGGAAUAUGAGAGGCAUUUCGGCAUCUUUCUGCCCGAUGGCCAACCCAAAUACCCGCUUCGGUUUUACUAGGAACCCUACUUUGCUAAUUGUAAUUUGCGACUACUGUCGUCUCGCGUGUGUUUGUAUUUCCUCGGAAUAAAGAGAGUUGGCCCAUCGCCUCUGUGUGCGUUGAGCAACUAAGUCUUUGUCUGUAUAAUUUAAUGGUGUUUGCCAACAGAGUUGCCCCAUAUAUAGAUAGGGUCGCCUCUACGUGCGUUGAUCAACUAAGCUGCGUAAGUGUUUCUCCGUAUAA